AUGCUCGCCAAACCACUUCUUUUUUGUAUACCAAUCGCCUUUCUUUGCACCUUUGAGGCGGCUAAGAUUUUAGCAGUUUUUCCUUUUGAAACUCCAUCGCAAUGUCAUGUAUUGACGCCCUUUUUGAGAGCUCUGGCGCAACGCAAUCAUGAGCUAACUGUCAUUCACGCCUAUCCCGAAUGCGAGACAGUACACAAAGUAAAAUAUAUUCGCGUGGAGGACAAAUAUCGUGUGUUCGGAGAUUUUAAUGCUGAUGACUUUUUGCCUACAGCCAGCAAGUGGAGUGUUUUUAACCUAUUCAGUACGUUUAUGAUUAAGAUCCAGCUGAAUGUGUUGCAAAAUGAGGAGGUGCAGAAUCUGAUGAAUUCAAAUGCUACAUUUGAUUUGGUUAUCCUUGAGUCCUCCAAUACAGAUGCGCUGUACGGCUUAGCGGCGCAUUUUAACGCCCCACUGGUUGGCUUGGCUACAACCGGUUCCGAUUGGAGCAUUGAUGCACUCGUUGGUUAUACAGGCUCAUCAAUUUCGGAACCCAUGCAGCCCUCUGGUUAUCGAAACGGCCUGACCCUGUUUGAGCAAUUUCACAAUUGGGCCUAUAUAUCAGAAGAGUGGCUGAUGCUGCAGUUGUUGUACUUGCCACAAAUGCGGCAAGUGUACGAGCAAUUUUUCCCACAUCUGAGCGAACCAUUUGAAAAAAUCCGUCACAGUUUUUCUUUAAUAUUACUGAACCAACAUUUUAGUCUUGGUCAGCCUCGUCCGAAUGUACCGGGCGUGGUGGAGGUAGGAGGAUUCCAUUUGACUGGAGAUGUGCCUGCAUUACCUCAAGACUUAGCCGUGUUCAUUGAAGAAGCUACACAUGGUGUUAUAUACUUUGCGCUAGGCAUUGAGCUGCAAAGCAAAGAUUUGUCUGCUACCACAUUGAGAAUGCUGCUUCAAUGCUUUGAGUCCCUACCACAACGAGUUAUCUGGAAGUACGAGGGCGAACCAUUGAGCAAUGUGAGUGCCAAUAUAUAUAUAGGCUCUUGGUUGCCGCAGCGAGCAAUUCUGGCCCAUUCCAACGUAAAGCUGUUCAUCACACAUGGCGGCCAGCUGAGCUUCAUUGAGACCGCAUAUUUUGGUAAGCCGGUGCUUGGUCUACCACACUACUUUGAUCAGUUCCGCAACAUAGACCACUUAACUAGACAUGGAUUGGGCAUAUCCUUGGAUUUAAAUACGCUCACCGGACCAGUGCUUACAGCGGCCAUAGAGCAGGUGAUCAGUGAUCCCCAGUACCAGCGCAGUGCCUCGGCAUACUCCCAUCGAUUCAGGGAUCAACCCAUGCAGCCAAUGCAGGUGGCUGUCUACUGGACGGAAUAUGUGCUGCGCUAUAAAGGUGCGUCGCACAUGCGUGUACCUGUUUACAAUAUGAAAUUCAUAGACUACUAUAGCUUGGAUAAGCUGCUGAUGAUUGGCGGACGGAUAACCUUGUUGGUAAUUUUGGUUGUUUUCGCAUUUUUCAAGCUCAAUCCCUUGCUGGGCCUAUUUAGAGCUUCCUGGGAGCGUCUUAAGUGGGGACAAGCGCCGAUGGUACCACAACUAAAGUAGCCAAUACGCCUUUAGUCGAUGUUUUAAAGCUAUUAAUUAUAAUCGAAUUUGUGCAUUUAGAUAG